UUCCAACGCAACUAAAACCCGUCUCAGAGAAAAUCGUAUAACCGGCGGUUACCGACCCCGCUCACAUAGUUUGGCUAAAUAUGCUGUUUCAAUAAGAAAACGAAAUCGUUACAAUUUCAUAUUAAAUACCUAUUUCGGUACGGGACACAUGUGUGGUGGUUCAAUUUUAAGUUCAAAAUUAAUUUUAACAGCGGCUCAUUGUUUAAAAACGCAUAAGAAAACAACACGUUCAUCGGGUCUUGAAGUUGUAGCCAAAACCCCAGAACGUUUGCACAAAACAUCCGAAACGCAAAUUUUACGUGUUAGGGAAGUUAUAACACAUCCAAAAUAUAGUUCUCAGCAUUUUCACAAUGAUAUUGGUCUAUUGAAAUUGGAGGAUGAAAUCAUUUUGGAUAAUCUAUGGGCAGCAGAAAUUCAAUUGCCCCAAAACCAGCCCAUACCUCAAACAGUAUGUACUGUUAUCGGUUGGGGUAGAAUCUACGAGAACGGUCCCUUUCCCAAUGAAAUUUUAUAUGCAGACAUUAAAAUAUACAGUAGUUCGGAUUGCCAAAAUAUAUUCCCUAAUUUUGGUGAAAAUAAAAUCUGCGCUGGUGAUAAACUGGAUUCAGAAAAGGAUGCUUGCCAUGGAGAUUCAGGUGGUCCAUUGAUAUGUAAUG